AUGGUACAAACUAACACGGAGGUUCCAUCUAACGAGACACCUUUCGGACUAGAUACAAAAUGCAUAGUCAAAGUCCCCAAACCAUACUAUUUAGAGAAUAACAAUCCGAGACGCAUGUUACUAAAUCGUGUCGCUGGAGCCCGGCUGUGGAACUUGGCGAGCUGGUGCACUAGCGUGUCCUGUGUAGUAAUUGCAAAGUUUUUUCUGAAGUUUUGCACAAAGUCAGCUGUCGUUCAUAAUGAGGAACCUUUUGUCCGCGUUUUAGUGGAUCCUAAUCGAACUAGACCCAUAUUAACCGUUGCCAACCAUUGUUCCACAGUCGAUGAUCCGUUGUUGUGGGGAAGCCUACCAUUGUCAGUUUACAAGAGUUUACGAACAAUUCGUUGGACACUUGGUGCACAGGAGAUUUGCUUUACCAACCCAGCACUUUCUUAUUUCUUUUCGCUUGGCCGUGUUGUUCCCACAGUGCGAGGGGCAGGAAUACACCAACCAGCCAUGAAUUAUGCAUUGGAUAGACUCAAUGAUGGUGAAUGGGUACAUAUUUUCCCAGAAGGAAAGGUCAAUCAAACUGCCAACUUGAUUCGAUUUAAAUGGGGAAUUGGGCGAUUACUGAUGGAGACGAAUAAUUUACCUAUAGUUGUACCAUUAUGGCACAAAGGUCUCGAGGAUGUUAUGCCCGAAGAAAGGGAUAAUCCGUUUAUUCCACUUAUUGGUAAAGAUAUAAAAAUCCUAUUUGGCGACCCAAUAGACUUGAAGGAACUUCUCGCGGAGCUACAUGAAAUAGACGAAACAACGACUCGGAUUAGAAUUACCGAUGUAAUUUUCCGUGCCAUGGAUGAAUUGCAGAGGAAGGCCAGCGCAAUCGAGGUUGAGGAAUCGAAAAGUAGAUAA